UCUAAUGAGAGCCAGGUGAGCUGUGAGCUCCUUCCAUGAACUGUCCCCCGCCCUUGUUCAAGUCAAAGCGGAUCGCUUCCUCCACGACCAUAUUGCAAGCACUGGGGCCGCUAUGGGCGACAUCAUAGACGAUCAGAUUUUCGACAUCGCCCAGGUGACGUUGGCCGGGGACAACAUUGAGGUAGAGCCACCCGCGACCGCGGGCCGUCGGCGCCGCAAGAACUGCGGACGUUGGUCCUCUGCUAAGCCUCGUGGUCGCGUCCGCAAGGCAACCAGCGAUACAGGCGCCAAGCGAGGACGUGCUCGCCAAGCGCGUGCCGCCGCAGAAGCCUUCGUCGCGACUGCUGCUGCUGUUGCUGCUACUCCGCAGAGAACGGGGCACGGCGGCUGCGUCAAGGCCGGAACAGCCGAAGAAGUGCCGCUGGAGACCGUCACCGCGGAGAGCGAGUCCACCAUCGACCUGCAGGCCGAAAUGUACGUCGCGAACAUCCUGCCGGACCCGGCGACCAUUAAUUACCCGGAGCGGGGCAGCGUGCAGGCAGCCUCGUGCAGCGACAACACGUAUCCAUGCUGCGAGGAGCCCCCCACCCCACCUCCACAACGACGCCGCGGAGGGCGUGUUCACCGACCGACACCAGUGCGCCGGCGCCGGCGCAUGGCCGUAGACGGCGACGAGCGCGUCGUGUGCAAGGUCCAAUCGGGCCGUUGGUCCUCGCUGCUGCCAGUGGGCACGGUGGUGCGCAGACCCUCGGUCAAGCUGGUGCAGCUCGUCGCGCAGGCCAUACACGAGAGCCCGCACCGGGUGCUGCGAGUCACGCACGUCUACGCCGCACUGCAGAACAGAUACCCUUACUACUGGCUCCAGGACAAGAAGGGCAUCAGCAGCUGGAAGAGCUCGGUGCGUCACGCUCUGUUCCAAAAAUGGUUCAUGAAGCUCCGCCCCACGUCCGGAAUGUACCAGACGGUUCGACCCAGGAGUUUCUUCUGGGGCCUCAACUACAGCAACAGGCCACGCGAAUGGCAGAUGCCCCAAGGACUGCCGCGGCUGUUCCUGCCGACCGACGACGAAGCUGAGCAGCGGGACGACGAGGCGUCCACGCUGUGCUCGGGCCUACACCUAAACACCGAGUCAGCGAGCAAUACGACGACAGCGCCGAUGCCGUCGGCAUUCCGCCUCGAACUGGUGCACAAGCUUUUCGCGCCACCGGAACCCCAGUCGCCGGGCGUCAAGCGCAAUCUGUCCACCGUCCAGUGCAGCGAGUUCGCGCCGGUGACGUCGCCUGCGCAGUCGGAGGACGACCUGGUCUCCGUGGGCAGCCCUCCUUCCUCGCUUCCCCACAUCGCGCAGGCGGACUUGCGGAAGUCCGAGAGCCUGAAUCCCGUCGGCUGGCCGGCGCCGGGGAGAGCGGAGGAGCAGGCCUGGCAGCAGCCAAGUGUCAGCACCUGGACCACGCCACCCAGCGUGUGGGACGGCAUGUACUUCCAACCGCCGUCGGCACCACCUUGCUCAACGACAAUGACCACGUCCCUGACUGCGACGAUGGCGUCGCAGCCGACAGCCGCAGCACUAGUGGAGGCCGCCGUGGAUAGCUUCCAGCAGCCGUGGCAGUCACUGUCGGGCGAAUCGUUCGUGCAACUACAGCAAGAAGAGCAGCAGCAGCAGGUGAGGCAACAGUCAUUGCAAAAGCCGCCACAACACCAGCAGCAGCAGCUGCUGCUGAACACGCUGCCGUCACCACUGCAAGAGUCCCGGGAGCAGCAGCAGGAGCUGCAACAGCAACAACAGCAACAACAACAACAGCAGCAGCAGCAGCAGCAGCAGCAGCAGCAGCGGGAGGAGGAGCUGCAAAACAUUUUGAGAGAUAUAAUGAUGGUACCGACAGCACAGCAGUGCGCCGCGCUGCAGGACGGGCUGAGAUUGCUGGAUGUCGGAGACCCUUACAACCUCUUCGAGAACGUCAUUACGGACCCGCAGUAUGUGUUCUGGACGUACGUCAGUCACUUCCUCGCAUUGUUGGCGUUCGGCAACGACGAAGUGCUGGAACCUUAUCCACAACUGGGCUCACCAUCGUACGUCACCCUGACGUCUCCGAGCCAGACACCGGUUCCCACCGGGCCUUCAACGCGAGCGCAGACCCCAUCCCAGCUGCCACCGGCGAUUUCCGGACCAGUACAGACGCCUGAGGAGGCCUUAGUGCGACUCAUGCCGAAGGAGCAGGCAGACCGCCUGCAUGACAUCCUCGGAGGCUGCGGACUGUCGACGGCCGACGACGAGUGCUUCGCCUUCGUGAACGUUUCGUGGGCCGAUUGGAAUAACUUGUUCCGGCGCAGCGUCGUAAGGAGGAGAGCCGAGUCACGCGCCAGUGGUGAGCGAGUGCCCGUUGGGGCGCUCGUGGUGGCGUCGCCGUCCUUGUUACGUCCCACCCACGUCACCGACAACGGCGGGCUUCUCGUCUCGGAUGAAGCCGACUGACCCUCCACCGGCAGCGACGACUGAAGGUCGUGGAAUCGCACUGUGGAAUCGUAAUUAAACGCGCACCUUAUCUGGACGCCGUAGCGUUGGUGCAACCAUGCAUGGCAGUAUUGCAGGUACU